AUGACCGUCAAAUCUUCUUUACUCUUCUCGUCCAAAGUCAGUGAACACCUUCCCAUGGUCGUGGAAGGGAAGGGAAACUAUCUCACAUUGGAAGAUGCGACCACUGGCAAAAGAAGAGUCGUUUUCGAUGCUAUGGGAGGAGCAGCAGUUGUUGCCUUGGGACAUGGUGAUGAGGAAAUCAUUGAGGUCAUGGGCAAGGCUGCAAAGUCGUCCAGUUACAGUUUCUGCGCAGCUUUGACCAACUACCACGCAGAAGAAUUGGCCCAAUUCAUCAUUGACAAAUCUCCACCAGGAGCAUUCGCCCAAGCUCUUUUCACUUGCUCGGGCUCCGAGUCAAACGAAAACGGCAUGAAAACCUGUCGUCAGUAUUACUUGGAGAAAGGCCAGCCUGAGCGGUGCGUUUUCAUCUCGAGGAAACAGUCAUACCACGGUUACACCUUGGGAUGCCUUUCCUUGAGCGAGUCGGUGAGAAAAGACCCAUUUCGUGCCAUCACCUUGCCAGCGAAGCAGGUACCCAAGGUUUCCCAAGUUUAUCCGUACAGAAACCAAAAGGACGGCGAAUCUACUGAAGAGUACUGUGCCAGAUUGUUGCAAGAGUUGGAAGACACAGUGAUCGAAGUUGGCCCAGAGAAGGUGUGCGCCAUUAUGUUUGAGACACUCACAGGCUCCACCUUCGGAACUUCGCCAGCCAUUCCAGGUUAUUUGCUGGGUGUACGCAAAAUCUGUGACAAGUACGACAUCUUGAUGUGGUUGGACGAGGUCAUGUGUGGCACUGGCCGUUCUUCUGCUACAGGUGGCUUGCACUGCUGGGAAAGUUACCCUGACUUUAAAGGACCAGACUUGCAAUCCAUUGGGAAAACCUUGGGUAGUGGUUACGUCACCAUAGCUGGACUCUUGGUGUCGCCUAAAGUGCAAAAGGCGUUUGUUGAAGGUUCCAAUUACAUCUCAGGAGGACAAACUUACCACCAACAUGCCUUCAACUGCCAGGUAGCCUUGGCAGUGCAGAAAAAGAUUGACCGUUUGAACUUAAGACAAAACUCAUACGACCAAGGAGAAAAACUUGGUAAGUUACUUGGUCAGUUGGCUGAAGAAACAAAGACCGUGGGAAACGUACGGGGAAUGGGUGGCUUCUGGUCGAUCGAAUUGGUCAAGAACAAAGAAACAAAAGAGCCAUUUGCCCCAGAAUUGGGAAUUGGGCCAAAGAUUGGCGCCAAAUGUCUCGAGAAUGGAAUGACCUCACUUGGCUGUGGAGGCACUAUUGAUGGAAAGAAAGGCGACCAUGUUACAGUUGCACCUUCAUUUAUCACCACAGAUGAGGAUGUGGCGUUUAUCGCAAACACCUUGAUCAAAAGUGUGAAAGACGUCGAGGCGGAGUUGGAAGCUGCUGGCCACUUGUGA